AUGGUGUACAAAGCUUUAAGAGAAAGAGAGGUAAGGACAGGAUUACCUACAAAGCUCCAAUUCAGUAAAUUAGGUGGAUCUGUUCAUAUGGCGAGGGCUACCAAAGAGGAACAUCAAGAUUCUAAAAUUGGGAAACCAGGAAUGAUUUAUCCUUACACUAAAACCACGAAUUUAAGCCCAGGUACGUUAAAACACCGUCCACUUCAAACGGAAAGUAUAUCGACUUCGUCAAGUGUUAGCACCGUGAAGGCUCAAGCGACAACGGAGAGGUCAACAGCGGAAAAAUACCCUACGUUGAAAGAAAGGUCAAAUCUACCCUCGCAACAAGAAAAAAACCAUGUCUAUGGCGAACCGGGAUGUCCCGAUAACCCCUGGCGGGAUGCCGGUUUGACAGAGCUCUUCCAAAAGUGGAUUAAUAUUUCCAAGCAAUACAACAUUGAAUACGUUCUGUGCGGAGGUAGUCUCUUAGGGGCGAUGCGAAAUAACGAUAUAAUCCCGUACGAUUCUGACAUAGACGUCUUGAUUGAUAUCAAUUAUUUUACGACUAUGAGAAGGCUGGCUGAGAGACGAAAUUUUUCACGGUCAGACAGGAAGAUCCAUUUGGUACUGCAACCAGAAUUCACAUUGAACAUUCCAGUUGAAAAGAGGAAACGUUAUGAUUGUCAAGGCAAGGUAUGUCAUCGGUAGAUGUCCUUUUAAAAACAGUCGAUAAAUGAUCAAUCGUUUAUCUAUUUGUUUACUCAUUCAUUUAUUCUGACAUCUAGCGGCCCUUUUAAUUCAAUAAGUCUGGCCUGUAGGCUAUGUGACAAUCACGUCCAUUUUCGACUUUUCGGUUUUUGAAAGAUGCUGACAUAGUACAUUGUUCGUUUCAGACAGUCAGAUUUUAAAACUUUGUAAUGGCGCUAAGAAAUUUUGAAAAGCAUUUGCUUUAUUUUGUUUCACUUAAGUCCCCCACACAAACAUUUACCUGAUCAUCCUCAUGUUAUAAGGACUGAGUGGAGCACAACUCCUCAGGACGAAUAAUUCCAACCUGGCGAUGCCCGAUCCUAUCAGUUAGCUUGUCAAAAGACAUGUGUUUAGAUAGUAAUUUCAUCUGUAGGAACACAAAAACAUUUUGGUUGCUUUGUCUUCCUAUUACAGGUGGCGCCAAAGCUUAUAGACGAAUGUUCUUUCCAGGAGCCACUUGGAAGACUCUUCAAGGGAAACUUACACAUUGACUUUUAUCACUUUUACGAUAGAGUGCUCUUUGUAGACGAUCCAAGCGACGAUAAACUCAAGCAGUACCCUAAGAAGGAUUUUUAUCCCUUUGAGCCGUGUAACUUCAUGGGUUUUGAAGCGUCGUGUCCACACAACCCUUGGGAAAUUUCACGAAUCUACUUCAAUACUGACGAUUUCCUUGAGCCUAUUUAUAAAUGCAAGAAUGGAACUUGGGUUGAUGUGAACGGCAGAGCUGCGUAA